AUGAGUUGUCAGAUCUCCUGCAAAUCUCGAGGAAGAGGAGGAGGAGGUGGAGGAUUCCGGGGCUUCAGCAGUGGCUCAGCUGUGGUCUCUGGUGGGAGCCGGAGAUCGACUUCCAGCUUCUCCUGCUUGAGCCGCCAUGGCGGUGGCGGAGGGGGCUUCGGUGGAGGCGGCUUUGGCAGUCGAAGUCUUGUUGGCCUUGGAGGGACCAAGAGCAUCUCCAUUAGUGUGGCUAGAGGAGGUGGAAGCUUUGGCUCCAGUGGUGGAUUUGGUGGCAGAGGAGGUGGUUUUGGAGGCGGCAUUGGCUUUGGAGGUGGCAGCGGCUUUGGAGGAGGCAGCGGCUUUGGAGGAGGCAGCGGCUUCGGAGGCGGCAGUGGCUUCGGAGGCGGCGGUUUUGGUGGAAGUGGCUUUGGGGGAGGCCGCUUUGGAGGUGGCGGUGGCUUUGGAGGUUUUGGGGGUCCUGGUGGCUCCAGGCCUGGAGGAUACCCUGGUGGAGGCAUCCAUGAAGUCUCUGUCAACGAGAGCCUCCUGCAGCCUCUCAACGUGAAAGUCGACCCAGAGAUCCAGAAUGUAAAGUCUCAGGAGCGGGAACAGAUCAAAACUCUCAACAACAAAUUUGCCUCCUUCAUCGACAAGGUGCGGUUCCUGGAGCAGCAGAACCAGGUGCUGCGCACCAAAUGGGAGCUGCUGCAGCAGUUGGAUGUUGGCACCCGCACCACCAACCUGGACCCCAUCUUCCAGGCGUACAUUGAGGAUCUCAAGAGAUACGUGGAUAGGCUCUCUGCGGAAAGAACAUCGCAGGAUUCAGAGCUGAACAACAUGCAGGAUCUUGUGGAGGAUUUUAGGAAGAAGUAUGAGGAUGAAAUCAACAAGCGCACAGCCGCUGAGAAUGACUUCGUGACACUUAAAAAGGAUGUGGACAAUGCUUACAUAACAAAGGUGGAGCUGCAGGCCAAGGUGGAUGUGCAGAACCAGGACCUUGAGUUCCUGAAAAUCCUCUUCGACGCGGAGCUGUCCCAGAGGCAACAGACUAUCACCGACACCAACGUCAUCCUCUCCAUGGACAACAACCGCAACCUGGACCUGAACGGCAUCAUCGAUGAGGUCCGUGCCCAAUAUGAGGACAUUGCCCAGAAGAGCAAAACGGAGGCUGAGGCGCUGUAUCACAGCAAGUAUGAAGAGCUCCAGGUCACUGCUGGGAAACACGGAGACAGCCUGCGAGAGAUCAAGACGGAGAUCAGCGAGCUGAACCGUGUGAUCCAGAGGCUGAAAGGGGAGAUUGCCCAUGUGAAGAAGCAGUGCAAGAGUGUGCAAGAUGCCAUCGCAGACGCUGAGCAGCGUGGGGAGCAUGCCAUCAAGGACGCCAAGAACAAGCUGACCGAACUGGAGGAGGCCCUGCAACAGUCCCGGGAGGACCUGGCCCGGCUGCUGCGCGACUACCAGGAGCUGAUGAACGUGAAGCUGGCCCUGGACGUGGAGAUCGCCACCUACCGCAAGCUGCUGGAGGGCGAGGAGUGCAGGAUGUCUGGAGACCUGAGCAGCAACGUGACCGUGUCCGUGACAAGCAGCACCUUUUCUUCAAAUGUGGCAUCCAAAGCUGGCUUCGGGGGCCCUGGUUAUGGAGGUAGAGGGUCCAGUUCUGGAGGAGGCGGAGGCUACAGCUCUGGAAGUGGCGGUUAUGGCUCUGGAGGCAGAGGGUCCAGCUCCAGAGGUGGUGGCGGAGGAGGCUCCGGCUCUGGAGGAGGAUACGGCUCUGGCAGUGGCUCUGGAGGAAAAUAUGGAUCUGGAGGUGGCUCUAGGGGAGGCUCCAGCUCUGGAGGAGGAUAUGGCUCUGGAAGCGGCUCUGGAGGAGGAUACGGCUCUGGCCGUGGCUCCAGAGGAGGCUCCAGUUCUGGAGGAGGAUACGGCUCUGGUGGGGGAGACUCUGGCUCUGUAAAGGGUGGUUCCGGCUCAGGUGAAGGUUUCGGUUCCAGCGUGACCUUCUCUUUUAGAUAA